AUAAAAUUAACAAGUAUGAGUUCAUCAGGGGUGAUUAAGAAUCAUAUGCUUCCUCCAAAGUCAAAGAGAUCCCAUAGAAGGAAGCCCAAUAGUAGGAAUGUGGCAGAGAUUUUUGAUAAUGAGUCCACUCCAGUCUACAACACUAUGCCGGCAAGGAAAGAAGAGAUACUCAAAUCUCGGAUUGAAGAAGAGCAGAAUCUGAGGAGGAGCUAUCCGAAUAUAGGCUCUAAUGAGAUGCACAAUUAUGAAGGACGUAGAUCUGUGAAAUCGUCCGUGAACUCACACAAAAACGGAUAUUUCCCAGAAUCAAAUGAAAGUUAUCAUGCUCAGAGAAGGAGUUACUUAAUUCACCCGAAUCAUGACCCUCAUAACUCGCCUUUCUUCUCUAAUAGUGGGUCUGGGCCGACAUAUGUCACUGAUACUGAGCAUUUCAGCCAAAUAAGAGAGAUCAAUGAGAGGAUUUCAAGGCUUGAAAAGUUAAUCUGGAAGGUAUAUAAAGAAGUAAACCACAAAAUCGAUAACGCAACAAGUCUCCAAGCAGAGAACCUCGAAGAAGUCAAGGAUUCAGUCGGCAACAUAUUUGAUUAUGUAAAUGUCGAGAUUGAGACUAUGAAAUCAACAGUUGAUCAGACCAAUUUCAGAAGUCCAGAGGGAGCUAUCGAGCAUUCUCCUGAAGAAUUCGAAGCUGAAGCUGCUUCAGAAGAAGUCAAAAUCCAAGCACAGCUUGAUUCAGUCAUUGAGGAAGAAUCUGGGGAAAAUGAGAGUGAAGAAUAUGCUCUCCGCUCUUUUUGAUCCAGCAAUGAACCCACAUCGGAAGAUGUAGAUGUCUAUGAUCAAGAAAGCAACCAGGAGGUGGAUGAGAAGAGAAGCGAUGAUCCACCUGAAUUCUACUAUAGUUGUCAUGAGAAAAUGGUGAAUAAUAAUAACUCCAGUUUACUAAUGGAUCCAAGGGAUAUAAUAACAGCUCCGAAUAUGUCGAGGACUACUCUCAUGGAUCAGAUUGAUUACUCGUUGGCUAACAGCAAGCUUAGUGAAUUUUCUGAGGAUAAUAAGUUAGCGAUAAAUAUACUCAAUCUUAAAUAAAUACAACAAAGAGCAUCAUGGAUCAAAGAAGGGUCCGAAGAGAUCUAAGAAUAAUUUAGAGGGCGAGUCACAGUCUGAACACAAUAUUUCUGAUAUUUUACCGCUCAGCCAGAAAGUGUUUAAAUAUAGCAUGGUUGGGAGCUCUCUCUAAGUGUGAGAGAGGUAUAACUCCAAGCUUAUUUUCAAAAAUUGCAUCAAUUUC